AUGGUGGUCUCAGGCCGAGCAGGCAGCGUCAGCCAGCACCUGGCCUGCUUGAUCCUGCUGGCAUUUUCGCCACUUGCUCCGGCACAGGAUCUUUCCUCGGUUUGCGAUCACGAGGACUACCCGAAUGCCUCUUGUCUGAUCUGGGAGCCGGCAGGACGUUAA